AUGGUCGAUUUAACUACCCGUCCACCAACAAGCCCUCCGGAUUCCAAACCAGUGAGUGCUCGGCCAAGGAGGUCCUCUUCUCAGACUUCGCCGGUCGAUCCACCAUUUUUAGUGUUGCGUCCGCCUAAGGGAUCUCAAGGCUCGGCUUUUGAUUAUGCUUCCUCGCCAAACGGUGGUCAUCGCAGGACUUCUUCUCAAACAUCUCCUCAUGAUACAUCCGAACCUUUAAGUUUCAGGAAUUAUCGUCGCAGAACCUCGUCGCAAAGCUCCCAUUCGUCUUUAGAUGGGAAAGAACAGAAUUCAUCACAGCGUCCAAGAAGAAUGUCGUCUUUGAAGGACUUUUUUGAUCCCUUCUCUACUGCGGAGAUUUAUUAUGGUCCCUCUACAGAUCCAAGAAAGCAAAAGACGUCUCAUAAGCUCAACAGAACAAGGACAAUGAGUGUCUUUGGAAACACUUCGGAUUCCAAGAGGUUCAAUCAAUCCCAAUAUCAUUUGCAAAGACGUGGAUCAGAAGAUGACAGUUAUUUGAGUAGUAAGGGAAAUCGACGUUUCUUCAUCGAGGAUGUCGAUAGAACUUUAGACGAGUUAUUGAAAAGCGAAGAUACUGAUAGUAAUUUUCAAAUAACCAUUGAAGAUACUGGGCCUAAAGUUAUCAAGGUUGGUACCGCUAACUCAAACGGAUAUAAAUAUGUUAACGUUAGAGGUACUUAUAUGUUGUCCAAUCUUUUGCAGGAGCUGACUAUCGCCAAGAGUUUUGGUAGGCACCAGAUUAUAUUAGAUGAGGCGAGGAUUAACGAAAAUCCUGUCAACAGAUUGGCACGGUUGAUUGCUACCCAAUUUUGGAACAAUUUAACGAGAAGAAUCGAUUUAAAUAACAUCGGCGAAAUCGCGAGAGAUUCUAAGGUUGAUACGCCGGGAGCUCAAAACCCCAGAGUCUAUGUUCCCUACAACUGCCCAGAUCAGUACGAAUUUUACAUUCAAGCUUCGCAAAUGCAUCCUUCUUUAAAGUUGGAAGUCGAGUAUUUGCCCAAGAAUAUCACUCCUGAGUAUGUCAAGUCCAUUAAUGAAACGCCUGGUCUAUUAGCGCUAGCAAUGGAGGAACAUGUAAAUCCAUCGACUGGUGAAAAGACUUUGAUUGGUUAUCCCUAUGCUGUUCCUGGUGGUAGGUUCAAUGAGUUGUACGGCUGGGAUUCCUACAUGAUGGCGCUAGGUCUGUUGGAGAACAACAAUAUUGAUGUCGCCAGAGGCAUGGUUGAGCAUUUCAUAUUUGAGAUUGAGCACUAUGGUAAGAUUCUAAACGCUAAUAGAAGUUACUACUUAUGCAGAUCCCAACCGCCCUUUCUGACCGAUAUGGCCUUACAGAUAUACAGAAAGACCGGAGGCGAUAAUAACCCUAAUGCUGUUGAUCUGGUGAAGAGAGCGUUUGUCGCAGCAAUCAAAGAAUACAAAACAGUUUGGAUGGCUUCUCCAAGACUAGACCCUGAAACUGGUUUGUCCUGUUAUCAUCCUAACGGUUUAGGCGUUCCGCCAGAGACUGAGGCCGAUCAUUUUGACUCGAUUCUCGUCUUCUAUAUGAAGAAAUACAAUCUAUCCCGGGAGGGUUUCAUCGAGAAGUAUAACAAUGGUGAAAUUCAAGAACCUGCUUUAGAUGAGUUUUUCUUGCAUGAUCGAGGUGUGAGAGAGUCUGGUCAUGACACCACUUAUAGAUUUGAAGGUGUUUGUGCCUAUUUGGCCACUAUCGAUCUGAACUCAUUGCUGUACAAAUACGAGAGGGAUAUUGCGGAUGUAAUUGAGAAGUUUUUUGACAACGAGUAUCAUGAUCCGCUUGAUGACAGCGUAACUGAUGCCCAGCACUGGAGAGAUCUUGCUGAAAAGAGGAAGAACAACAUAACAAAGUAUAUGUGGGAUGAAGAAACGGGAUUUUUCUUUGACUACAACGUCGCAGCGAAGCAAAGAACAUCAUACGAGUCGGCCACCACAUUCUGGGCGCUCUGGGCUGGUCUUGCGACAGAGGAACAGGCAAAAAUCAUGGUAGAGAAAGCUCUUCCACCACUAGAGAUGUUAGGUGGAGUUGUUGCCUGCACUGAGAGGUCAAGAGGCCCAUUAUCUAUUCAAAGGCCUUCCAGACAGUGGGAUUAUCCUUACGGUUGGGCACCACAUCAGAUUUUGGCAUGGCAGGGUCUUUGCGAGUACGGUUAUGUUGCCGUCGCCACCAGGUUAGCCUAUAGGUGGCUGUAUAUCAUGACGAAGGCAUUUGUGGACUAUAAUGGUAUCGUCGUGGAGAAAUAUGAUGUGACAAGAGGUACUGACCCUCAUCGUGUCGACGCAGAAUAUGGGAAUCAGGGUGCCGAUUUCAAAGGAGUGGCAACGGAAGGCUUUGGUUGGGUUAACGCCAGUUAUGUUUUGGGAUUAAAGUACAUGAACAGUCAUGCUAGAAGGGCCUUGGGGGCUUGCAUUCCUCCUGUUCCUUUUUUCCAGAGUUUGAAAGCCUCGGAAAGGAAAUUGUAUAGCGUCUAG